AUGACUGUCUCUACCCAACCUCAACCAAAAGAUCUCUAUAGUUCGUCCUAUUUGGCCGAUUACUAUGACCUUGUUUCGACCUCACAGUCCGUUGAUGAUGCCUCGUUCUACUGGAAAGUCUACCAAGAUUUGAAGCCUUUGCGAUCAUGUACCCCUGAUGAUCCUUUUGUCCUCAUGGAUCUCGGAACAGGCACGGGACGCGUUCUCCAUGAUCUUGGACGGAGCGCUACCGAGAAAAACGUCGAGAUCUUCAACACCGAGGUCUUGGGUGUUGACAAUGCGGCCCACAUGCUGGAAAAGGCUAGGAAGAUCACGACUGCGCCUUUGAAGGAGUAUGUCAACUGGAUCAAUGGCUCUGCACUCGAUCUGGAGGCCGUGGUGCGAGACAGAGCUCAUCCUCAUAUCGACCUUCUGAUAUUUUCUUUCGGAUCCAUCAGUCACCUUUCUGAGUCUGGUCAGGUAGAAACAUUUCUCAAGCAGGUCUCCAGGGUUUUACGCCCGGGCACCGGACGAGCUUAUGUUUCAAUAUUUGAUGGCUCUCUCCUCCACAAGAGAAAGCACAUCGCAUUACAUCAUUCUAAGGAGAUCAAUGAGAUUCAAAGUGAAAUCUUCCCUCAUGUUCUGUACCGAGGAUCAAACCACCGGGUUGAUCUGGAAGGCAACAUCAAAUACGUCAAGUUUGAUCUUGAGGCUGUGAACAUCGAGGAUCAGAGCAUUUUAGAAAAGAAUGACAUUUCCAUGAAGAUGCGCCAGUGGGAGGAGGAUGAAUUAGUGUCUCUUUCAUCUAAGACGGGAGUGAAUUUUGUUGAAAGUAUCAGGGGUGCACAUGAGACAUUCUAUGUUUUCAAAACACUGGCUUAG